ACACUCUGGCACACUUGGCUGUACGCCAUCACAGCCUCACAGGCAGCCGGCCGGGCCGCGUACAAAGCUCCGCGCACUUGGAUGUUCCACAUUAACGACCAAUGAUUACUGCUCACCGUGUGCACAGCGUUUGCAGUAUUUAUAGCGACGGUUGAUGGGUGCUGGGGAAUAUUACGCCUUGAUGUGGUGCUCCUCCGAGGAUGUUAUUGCAAGGAGAAUGACUCUGGGAUUCCGUUGGGUGUUGAACUGUCGGAUCGAUCACCUGCCUAGCCGACCUGAUACAUGUCCAUGAUUAGUGUCCGCUCGCCAACGCGCCUCCAUUACCACCGCACAUCCACAGAGCACUUAGGUAUAUCUUUAGCCUGCUGUACAUGUGCCCCGUUCGCACAUUGCCACACACAAGCCUGAGCGUCACAGGGCAAAAUCACUGCUUCCUUUCUCAUUCUGCUGAGAGAGAGAGAGAGAGAGACGGUGUUUUCAUUGAUGGUAAAGCCUCAGAGAUGCAAACAAGACUGAUGAGAUUUGCCUCUCUGCAAGUCGUGAUUGGAAGUACAUGAAAGCCGUCACAGGUAGCUCUCAUGUGGGCACAAGCACAUCUCCAGGAAUUCUGUUCCACCGAGGAAACGAAUGGCAGAAACCAUCAGUUUCUAGCAAAUUGUAUUCACCGCACGCAGCUGUGAUGGAGACAUGUACAUGUACAAGUAGAUCGUCGUAAGAGCUUGUCGGUUUGAUGAUUGUUUUCAACCCACCAAGGAAACAGAAAUCAAGGCUUGUGAAAUUCCUCGUAGUGUGACUUCACUCUUAAGAAAUAGAAUCAUCUGUCGUUAUUUUUUGAAAUCAUGUGGAGAAGGUGACUGUUGUGCUGUGAUAGGCAACGGGAUGCUGUAAGGGGUGUGAGUUUCUCAACAUGCCUGCUGUCUAUGUAAACACACUGACUGCCUAGGGGGCUCACGGUCCUGUGGUUAGAUGGAUAACCCUGCUGUGCGGAAUCUACUGCCGUGGAAACCAAAACUGACAUGAGGAUUUCGAUGCUUCACUACAAACUACACUAACUGAAUUUGUUCGUACCGUAACUGGUAAAUUAUUUUUUUGGUGGAGAGGAGUGGUACGGCAAGGUUGCAAAAAAUGGCACGGUACUUUGUAAACGGCAGAUUUUGUCUGUCGUGUUUCUGUUUGAUCGCUUGUGUUGGACUCACAGGUGCCCUGUACUAUGAAGGCUCAGUGGAUACAUACACGCAGUAUGAGCGGUGGAAUACGUCCGUGAAUGGAACCCUCCGAUUCCAAUUCAAGUCCAAACAGACGAACGUUUUGCUGGCGUACGCCGACGACAUGAAACAAGUGGAUUUCAUGGAAAUUGCCAUGGAAGACGGCAGUCUUCUCCUUCACAUGCGAAUAAAUAACAAGGGAAGGACCUUGAUUGUUGGCGAUAAUGUGGACGAUGGAGAAUGGCACACCGUGGAAGUGAUACGAAGCAAUCCUAGAAAAUUUACUUUCAAAGUGGACGGGGACGAACGAUCGGGAACAAUGGAUGGUGAGAUUAUUGAGCUCCCAACACAGACGGACUUCUUCUUUGGUGGUAUCCCACGUCAGGUUCGACGAUCGCACUUGGCGCGGCCCGAGGCUCGGUCGCGGACACACCUCAAGGGUCACAUACGCAACAUUGCGUAUUUGGUGCAGGCGCGGCCCAACCGGUGGCGCCGUCCAGAACAGCUGGCCUCCAAUAACGUCCGGGAGGAUUUCUCAGAUCUGUGCAGCACCAACGACCCCUGCAAGAACGGCGGGUUGUGCGUGAGCGAGCAGGGCCGGUCGCGAUGCGAAUGCGACGGGACCGGUUUCGUGGGUGAAAUCUGUGAGGAAGAAUAUACGCCUGCACCACAAUCGCAAUCUGAUGAAGUUAUAGACGGCAGAGAACAGAGGGCGAUUACCGCGACGUUUGAUGGUACCUCCUACAUCAGCUACAGUCUUGCCCUCGAAGAGGUCAACACGCUCCAAGAUGACAUCGUCUUUGACUUCCGCACCCAACUCCCGAACGGCUUGCUGCUCUACGUGGGACAUGAAUCGGACUACAUCUAUGUGGCAAUGGUCAACGGUCUCUUGGAGAUCGCAAUCAAUCUGGGGUCGGGGGAGUACUGGAAGAGCAUACAACCGAGGCGGGAGAUGGAUGUCUUCACGGACAACAACUGGCACAAAGUCCGCAUCUCCAGAACCAGAGCAGACGUCAGAGUUCGUGUUGACGGUAGUCUCUUAGCCUCCGGAUCAGCCGGCGGCAACUUUGGACGGCUGACGGUGGGCAAUGAGUUCUACGUGGGUGGGAGCCCCAACCCAGCAACACUGAGUGGCUCGCGGGUCGGCGAGAACUUCCGAGGCAACCUGAGAGAUGUAAGUUACUACGGCAACAUAGAAAUUGAUCUGCUGGAGAAGGCGUACAGCUCGGACCCGUUGAUCUACAUGCUCGGUGACAUCCUCUUCAGGGAGGAGACGGUGCAGGGCAUUGAUCCCAUCACAUUCCUGACCGAGGAAUCGCUGCUGAGGUUACCACGCUGGAAUGCGGAGUCCAAAGGCUCUCUAUCCUUUGAUUUCCGUACCAACGAGCCCAGCGCAGUCAUCAUGUACAGCAGUGGCUCGGACGAGAUGUCGGACUUCCUAGCGUUUGAGCUCCUGGAGGGAUACCUGUACGUCAUCCUGGACUUGGGGUCCGGUCCUGUCCGAGAGAAAGCUUACACCUUCCCUCUCAACGACGGCGAAUGGCACCACGUUGUCUUUGAAAGGGAUCUGGCUAUCGGCAUUAUAAAUGUGGGUUCCUCGACGUCCCACAAGUUUGAAGUCCCCGGCCACAACGACAAGCUCAACCUGGAGAUGGAUUUGAUCGUGGGCGGCAUCGAGCCCCUCCAGUCCCUCCCACUGGAGCUGUUCUCCGGCGCCUUACGCCACGGCUACGUGGGCUGUAUCCGCAACAUGGCCAUGAACGGGGAGACCCUGGACCUACCGCAGUACGUAGAGGAGCAGUCGGAGGACGGGAACAUUGUCCGGUUCUGUCGGGAGGAGGACCCGCUGUGCACCAGUGAUCCCUGCCAGCACGGCGGCUCCUGUCGGGAGGGCUGGAACCGGUUCAUCUGUGAUUGCCGCAAGACGGGGUACACAGGAGAAACUUGUAAAGAUGAGGUUGCGCGACUGGCGUUCAACGGCAACCAAUCUAUGCGCAUCACUCUCCGCGAAACCACGCGCAGCAAGGUGGAGGAAGUCUUCUUACGAUUCCGCACGAGCCACCCGGACGGCAUGCUCCUAGCAACGACCUCUGACACCAUCAUUGACAUCCUAUUGGCCGAACUGUCUCACGGGGAGGUCCGGGUCACAGCCAAUUUUGGCACCGGCAGCACGACUAUCACGGCAGGAACAAAUCUAGACGACAACAUGUGGCACUCGUUUGCUAUAGAACGGCACGACAGAACGUUACGACUGACUGUGGAUAAUUCUGACAAAGCAGAAGCCGGGGACGACUUUGAAAGUGGCACGUUAGAUUUCCGUUACAUCGACAUCGGGAGUUUGCUGAGCCGGCCGCACCUGACAGGCAGCAUUGACCGACCUCCCAAUUUCCAAGGUCACAUGGAGCAGCUCAUCUACAACAACCACCACUACUUUGACCUGGCCCGGGAUGAAAUGCCCGACUUUAUCGAAAACACGGCCAGUUUUGGCGAGCAGAUGAGCCGACGCCCCAUCCACGACCCCUUUACCUUUCACACCCCGGAGGUCAUAGUCCAGCUUCCUCAGAUCAAGACCUACCCGAGCCUCUCCAUCUUCUUUCAGUUCAAGACCACCGAGCCCGACGGUCUAAUCUUCUUCACCGAGGGAGAACUGGACUUCCUAGCGAUCGAGCUAGUGGACGGAUUCAUCUACUACACGUUCAAUUUAGGCGGAGGGGCCAAGACCUUACGAGGAAACAGUCGUGAACGGCUCAACGACAACCGUUGGCAUGAGGUGGGCAUCUCCCAUGACAGUCGCGACCGACAGGUCCUGAAAGUCGACUCGCGGUCCAUGAGGUCUCGGGCUACCAUGGAGGCUAAUCAUUUUGACUUCACUGAGAAUUUGUACAUUGGAGGGAAGGAGACAUUUGAGUUUUUGCCAGAGAAGAUCCAAGCAACUCAGGGAUACCAGGGAUGCUUGGCGUCGCUUGAGAUUAACGGACGACAUGAGGAUCUGAUGGAGACAGCUGUUAGUAUGGAGUUGAAGGAGGAAUUGACAAGGGGAUGUGAAGACAAGCGAGAGUUAUGCAUUGACCACAUGUGUAACUUUGGCGGGAUCUGUGUGCCUGGCUUUGAUUCUUACACCUGUGACUGCAGAAGGACAAGUUUCACCGGACAGUACUGCAGUAACGUGAGUAUCGGUUACCAGUUUGGUGAGGAUGGUGGACUCAUCUCUCUAGAGUUGCCCAGGGAUCAGUGGCUGCGGUCAGACAGGGACAGUCUUAGCUUGGGCUUCGUGGCCGAGUCUCUGGAUGGCAUACUCACUCAUAUCAGCAGCGCCAACUCCCACGAUUACAUUGAGAUGAAACUGCUCUCCGGCCAUUUGUUUGUCAGAUACAACUUUGGUGCCGAAGACCACGUUAUCGGAGAGAAGACGUACCGCGUGAGUGACGGCAGAUACCACACGGUGGAGUUCACGCGCCGGGGCGAGAACUCUACGCUACAGGUGGAUUACUACCCCAAGGUGGAGCUUUUCCAAAACUACGGAAGAAAGGGACGAGCAAGUUACUUUGACGCCCAAUCAAAGAUCAACAUCGGCGCCACCAGCUCCGCCUUCAGACGGAAGCGGCGGGCCAUCAUGUACCCUUUCCAAGGCAUCAUAUCCGGCCUGGCGUACAACGACCUGCGAGUUCUCGACAUGGCAGCAUCCGGCGACCCCCGCAUCACGUUUGACGGGGACGUGUCGCUUGUGUCGCCGUACACCAUCUGGGAGUAUGUGACGGAGCCCUAUCCAACCAUGUCUCUAACGACUGCUAAUAUCACGGAGAAGCCAGUCCAGCCGGAAUUUCCCGAACCGGACCCGUCUCCGCAUGUUGGUCCCAACAAGACCCUGACCGGACCAACUAAGAUGGUCAUGUCUACAGCCACAACUGAUGGUGAUAUUGACUUUGGCACCGAUCCCGACAACAUCUUCGUGACCCAGUCUGGGUGUGGCUCGGUCGACGACGAGGACUGCCAGAUGGCAUCAGUAACAAAAGGAGACGGUGCAAUAUUUACUCCUGUUGAUGAGAUGGAAUCCACUACAGCACCAAGUAUCACCACAUCAAGUCCAAGCACUGCCAUUCCGACUACUCCAACCCCUAAGAUGUCAUUACCAGACACGGUCAUCUCGGGGAGUCCAUGCAGUGACCCCGACGAUCCCGGCUGUAUCUCCGGUGAUACGACACCCAGCACCACCACAGACUUCAACUACACCACUUUCACGAGUAAAGCCGCGCCCACCCCUCCAGCCCCCAAGAUCACCCAGAAGGUUGUGCCAACCACCCACAAGUCCACCCUGGGGUCCCACUUGCCGGAAGAGACCAAAGAAGGUGAUGGGUUGGGAUUCCUGGGCCAAACCUGGCUCGUCAUCGGCUUAGUUGCCGCCGGUGCUUUUAUAUUCCUCUUUCUUGUCAUCAUUUUGUACAAGUUUAGAAAUAGAAACGAGGGCUCCUAUCACAUCAACGAGAGUAGGAAUUACAGCGUCAGCGACGCCACGCGCACGGCGCUGCUGCCCUCGCAGCAGCAACCGCAGCAGCCAAACACCAACGGCACACUGCCAACCAAACCAAUCAAGCCAAAACUACCCCCAGAGUAUGCAACUAAAGAAUGGUAUGUCUGAUAUUUAUUGUCAAGUUCCCAAAAAUUAAUUCUCUAAAAUUAAACUUAAUUUUUUUCUUAAGCAGUAUGCAUAUAAUGUAGAAUUGUUUCAUUCAAGUUCACCUUUGAUUUUUUAUACAAGAAAAGAAAGAAGUUGGUUUUGUAGAUUCAAAUAUGACUGUGUGUCCUUAAAAGAUGUGUACAGUAUUGGUUGAAAAAAGAAAAGAGUCUAGGAUAGUUUAAUUCCCUUAACAGAAGUUUACAAGAGCAAAGAAGUUAGAUUUUUGACAUUGGUGUUCAAAAACUAUAAUAAAAUGUUCUAUGGUUGUAAUUCCCCAUGUAUUUUAAUCCUCAGGUUCAUACCAGUUUUGCAAUUCCGUAGUGAAAGAAGUCAAUCACAAGUCAAAUCACAAGGCAUAUCAUUAGUCAAAUCACAAGUCAAAUCACAAGUCAAAUCACAAGUCAAAUCACGAGUCAAAUCACUAGUCAAAUCACAAGUCAAAUCACAGGUCAAAUCACAAUUGUCAGGUCACAAGUCAAAUCACAAGUCAAAUCACAAGUGAAGUCACUGGUCAGGUCACACAAAAAACAGUGGCUGAACAAUAAACAGGGAAUGCAUUGUGUCCGUUCAUUUGAACAGCUUGUCCAUUGACAUGAGACCGGAUGACUCAUGAUUGACUUACGAUGAUUUGUGAUUUCAACCAAUUUUUGGGUGGGUUUUUUUUUGGUUGGGGGGGGCUUUUUAUGUGACUGUACCACCAAUUUAUGAAAAUUUGUUCAGUUGAAAUUGAAAACAAAUUCAUGUUCUGGCAUUGUUGACUUCUUUCACAACUUUACAAUGUCUUAACCCAUCUGACUUGGAUUUUUAAGCUGGGAAAACCUUUAUAGAAACAAGGGCUGUGCAAUUUCAAAAAUAAUUUAGUAUCCAAUUUUCCAACUUGGAUUUCAUUAAAUAUUUGAAUAUUCUAUUUGAAGAUGCACUGAUCAAGUUAAACAUAUGCCAGCCUAAAUAGGCCGCCGAUUGGGAUUUAAAAAAAAAUAUUUGAAUAGACAAAAUGCUGCUGCCAAUCAGUUAUCCGUUUGAUGACCGAAUAUUCAAAUGUUCGGAUAUUCGGCACAUCCCUAAUAAAAGUGUAACUGAAACUGAGUACAUUUCAGUUUUUUGCCUCUGAAGAUCUUAAGAUCAAAAUAUCAGGCGCUCUUAAUUUCUUGGAUUUGUAUAUUUCAGCUCAAUCCAGUCAGUGAGCAGUUUGCAGCAGUUUUGAUUCAUUCAAAUUAACUCUAAGUGAAAUCGUUUUGAUCAUGAACCGUUCAAUGUUCAUUAUAAUUGCAAAUUCAAUCAUAAGACAGCCAUAAAGCUUCAUAGAAAAUUGCUGCUACUUUUCACAUUAGUUUUACUUUUAAUGUUUAAUGAUGCAGUACACUGCACAUUAAUAAAUAUCCAAUUGAAAUCGAUCAGUGGCAAAUGACAGUUCAAAAUGAACUUGAAUUAUGUACUUGCCAGUAACACCCAACUCAGUAUUUUAUUUACUUGGUAAAACUGUUGGAUUGUAGGGUGCCAUUGAAAUAUAUGUUUGUGUAUAUUAAAGAGAAUUGAAAAGGAAAAAAAAUGUAUUUAAAGUAUAUACCUUAUAUUUAAAAACUGCCGGUUCAGUGUGAGAUGAGAUACGAGAUUUGCUGGAACACAAUUCCUAUGCCAUUACGAUUAAUUUGAAUUAAAUUUUGUUGAAAAUGUGAAUUUCAGUGUAUUUUGUAUUAAAAGACUUAAAAAACAAAGAUGUCAAAAAAAUUAUGUAAAUAAGUCAACUAUUGCUUGUUCAGAAAAACAUUUAUGUGUUGUACUUCAUGAUUCUAUAUAUUUCAGCUUAUAUCAGUGUUGCGGUCACAUAGAUAGAUAUUUUUUAAAACAACUUAUGCGGAUUACCAGAUUUGUAGUUAAUCUUGUGAUUUGAUCGUAUGAGUGUAGAACUCAGAAAAAAAAUAAGGGGUUCUUAAAUCCAAUUUAGUUUCAUGUUGAGGCCUGCUUGUAAAACAAUCAUCAGUUACGUCUUUUUGUACCAUUUACCAAGCACUUUGAAGUAAAGCAGAGAUUGUUUUUUUUUUAUUUGUGGAACUUACAAGCUGUAUAAAAAUUCUUCUAUGAAUGUCUUCUUUUUUUUCAAAAAAGGGGAGAUGUUAUGAUUGUAAUUAUGUGUGAUGAAUGUGUUGUGCACGGUGCAUUAGUUGUGCAUUAUGGCGCAACAUUACGUAGUACUAUGGAAUUCACUUUCUGGGUGCAGACAAGUAAUGAAUUCGCAUAGGCCUAGGCACCAAUUAGUAAAUUCACCCAUUUCACAAAAUCAAGGGAAAAUACCACUCUGAAACCAGUCCUGCCCGCCAUCUUGGAUGUUGUUUUAUGCACAAUGUAAGCAUUUAGGCCUAAUUAAAACCAAAAUUGUGUGUGUCCCAAAAGUGUUCAAUCUCUACUUGUCUGUAUCUGGACAAUGAAGUUGUUUGUAUGGAAUAAUGUAGUACAUAGCCUUUGCCUUGUUCAUUUUUCCUUUGAAAUUUGAUACCCUUAUCCAUCUUGUCGCUGAAUAUCAUUUCAUUUUUUAAUUAAUUAAGAUAUGCAUUAUUGAAGUAUGAUCCAGAUGUUAAUAUUACUUUUGCUUUUAUACUACAGAAGAUUGUGGUCAAUAAUGGUAUAAGAUAUAUCGUUGUAGAAUUAUUUUAAAUAAGAAUUUUGCACGGCCAACUAGAUAAAGGACAGUUGUAAAAAAAAUGGUAAGAAUUAGCAUUUAAGUAGCUUAAAGUUCACGGUCCGGUUUUUUUUGCUAUGUACCUGUAGUUGGUGCUACUUUUAAUUUUGAAGUUGUUUAUGAAACUGCCUUCAGGUAUAUUGGAGGUUUACCACAUUAUUGCUACACCAUGUACAUGUAUCUACUUCCACAAUUAUGCUCUGAAUUGUACAGCAUCCACUCUUUGUAUUUAACAGGCAUACAUGUAGUGGCCAUCUAUAGGCCUUGUUCCUGAGCAAUGGACCGGUCCAGUAAGCCCCGCCCACUGCGCACUGGGCAAAUUAACACGUGCUCCUCUCCCAAUGCCACUCUGCAUUUUCCUGCCGCGCGCAGCAUACGCGCGUGCACGCAUGUCGGUCUUUUGUGUACGCACGCCGGACAUAAAUCACGGCUGUGAUUGGUCCGAACACCAUGGGCGGUGCUUACUGGAUCGGUCCCUUAAGGGCGCUGUAAGACGACGCCAUUUUGGGUUGAACGAGCUUUACACAUCGCUACAGCUCAAAAAAAUACUUUUUGUAGCAGUUUUUAUCGUUUGGAUUCCUGUCACUUUGCUAUAUUUGUUCAAUAAACGGAAGUUGUUUUAUAUUUACACCCAGAAAGAUGGCGUCUUUGUAGCGCCCAGGCCGUGUCCGGCAUGGUAUUACACACGAGUCUACGGGAAGUGGCUGCAGCCACUCCGCGUAGCCUCGUGUGUGAUUGCAAGACGUAGCCAAGUAAUUCGGACACGGCCUAUGGCCUAUAUUGUGCUGGUCGUAAUUGCCACUUGAAAAGUAGAGACGAGAUUUUAGCACCGUGUAAGUAUUACACAGAACGUAGUGUAAUUCUAUCUAUGCAUUCCAAUGUUAAUCUGUAGAUUAAUCAUAGAAUUAUGGAAACACUGUAGCCGAUAGACUACGAUAGUUUCAACUUCUAAUAUGUGCAUUGGUUUACGAAUUCUAAAAGGGUGUUGAAGGUCUGCAAGAGUAAAAAAAAAAAAAUUUAAAAUUAAAAAACCUUGGCAAGCCUAGUAAAGUAAAAUGGGCCGGAUUUUUUCCCCAUUCUUUUGUCAGUAUACCAUAAAACUGCCCGGCUCAUGGGGGAGUCAGUCAGUCAGUCAGUGAGACAACAAGGAUACUAGCCUGACCCUCGGGGACCAGCAAAAUAAUAUCUGGUAGAGUGCAUUACGCUACAGCACUUAUGAUGCAUUGGUGAAAGGUACUUCAGUGUUGGGCGGUUUUUUGGUACAUCCGUUGUUGAUUUGAAUCUGAAAUUUACAGGCGAGAGUAUGUUUUGAGUAUACUCCCUAUCAGUUUGUUCUGAUGAGACGAUGUUUCUCAAGUAGCAAGUAUGAGAAAUUUGUCAGAUGAUUCUAAGGUGUGUGCGACCUCUAUUUAUGGAAAUAAGAGAAAAGUAUUUUGAAGAUAGACUUUUAAGGAUAAAUGUCGUAAAAGUUGAAGCGCCGCACUGUCGCGGAAGGAUAUAUAAGAAAACUCUGAGACUUGUGAUAUUCCGAUUCGUGAAGUGGUCAGUGUUCCGGAAGUGUGUUACUCCGCAUCGAGAGAGAAGAAUUUAUAAAAAUCAUUUUGAAAUGUGUUGUGUUUGUAAACAGGGUAUUAAGUUGUUGUUUUUUAUGUAUAUAACGCGUGAUUUUCAGAACGGACUAGAAGUUUGUUUUGGAAUUGAAUAAAAACAACCGCCGUGAAGAAACUUGGUGGUGUAUUCAUUCUGCAAAAUUCCAAGUUGGAAUUUUGUUUCUUUACAUUGUAAGAGCUUGAUUUUAAAACAAAAAGUGAUAAAUUUUCUUGGAACCCUGUUCUGUAAUUAUCUGCGCAAUACGGGUGUUAAUAUAGCAACUGAUUACGAAGUACAUUUUAGUUGGGCAUAAAGGGAAACUUUGUAGCCUGCAGAUAAAUGUUGUGCUUCAGUCACAUAAACUGUCUAGUUGUAGUUCUUUAAUUUCGUAAUUUUCAGUGCUCAGAGUUGCAUUUGAUUCACAUUUUUGUUAAUACUAUUACUAAAACCAUUUUUGUUAGUACUAUUACUAAGCCAGAUUCAUGCCCAAACUGUCCCUUUUUAUAAUUUCUUUCAUAUUUUCAUUUUUGUUUCGUUUGGUAUACUUAACUUAUUAUUUAAAAAGAAAAACUGUUCAUGUACUCAUGUGUGCUAUUUAUGAAGAGUUUCUGUUAAAUUUAUGACAUUUUGUUGGAAUGUGAGAUUCUGAUCGUUUAUAAUACUGCAAUAGCCUACCAGUUUUAUGUGCAAAUUUAAGGCUGAAACUUACAGCUAUAAUAGUUUUGGCAACUCUUUUAGUUAUAAUACUCUUCGUGUAUAUGGAAGAAUUCAUUACCUUUUCAGCCAGAGCCUCGGCUGCAUUUCGUUAAUCACAGCAGCAGUAUUCGGAUAGAACAUGUGCAGCCCUGUAUAUACUUAUAGGAACCAUUAAUUAACGCCAGUAUUAAUUGAUGAAUGUAUUAGGCAUAAUUAUGUUCUCACAUAAAAACGGUUCUUUUGUUAGCAAAAAAUAUGACAUCAUUAAGGAGUGGGAGUCUCCAAUUGCAAAAAAAGUGAACCCUGGUUGGCAUCUUGUUUACCCUCAAAAAUGCACAUUUGUUUCAGGGGAAGGUACUUUCAUAUAAUUCUUGUUGGAUUAUUGAGAGAACAAAUUAAUUCGCAUAGAAUUGUUUUUAAGCUUUUUGUAUUCUUUUGCUUUUGUAAUGACUGCCGACCAUAGUUGCUUUUGUUAACCACAUGUUGGCAUAAACUAUGACCGUGUCUGUACAUUUGUAUAUUGGAUCCUCUUAGUACUGGUAUAUUCCAAUUUCUGCGCACAUAAUCCACUAAUCAGCUGUUUCAUUGAAUGUCUUUCAGUUUUAAUGGUCAUACAUUUCUAUCCUACUGUUCUAGAUGCUUCUUCUCUGUGAUGUCACACUAUAGUCAUCCUGUACAUGUACAUUAGUGUCGCCAAAUACAGGCACCGGCAAGCCAGCAAUAAAUGUCACCAAGAAAUCGUAA